UGCGAAGCGACAUGUGAGUGCUUCCUGUGAGGUGAAAACCUGGAGAGUCUUCUGGCUCUUCCUGUGCGCCUGUGCUCCUGAUGUAUCCUCUCAGUGACCGCGUCUGCAGCCCGAGGAGAAGUGAGGCAUUCAAGUCCUCUCUAGCUGGGCUCUGCCUGAGGCGAGGCUGCCCUACACUGACCCACCUCAGCAGCUUGCAGAGGUCCCAGGAGAGUCUAGUUUCUCUGGGGAGCCUUGAGAAGGAGCUGUGAUGAGAGAUGGUCAGUGUCCUGAAUCGUUAAGUGCUUGCUUCCCAGAGCCCUGCCUUGUCUCAAAGAGAAGAGAACGAUGACCAAGUUACAGGAGGCAGUGACGUUCAGGGAUGUGGCCGUGGUCUUCAGUAAGGAGGAGAUGGGGUUGCUGGACGCUGCCCAGAGGAAGCUGUACCACGAUGUGAUGGUGGAGAACCUCAGGAACCUCCUGGCAGUGGUUCUUUCAGGAGGCCAGAGUCCAAGUACAAUGAAGACAGUCGACACGCCAGGAGUAAGGUGCCUUUCACUGGGGAAGCUUCCAUGUUGGCACAUGACAGGCCAUGAUGCCAACAACCUGGCCAGAGCUCCAGAAGAUGUAAUAAACACUCAAGAACAGGGUUCUCACUUCCUGGAGCGAAUCCACUCGCCCUGCCGUGGGGGAGCAGAAGAGCCUUCUCAGGUCCCUGAGGAUGAUGACUCUGUUAAGAGUCUCGCAAGCAACCAUUCCAGCAUUAGUGAAAAUCAGGAAUUUCUGUCUGGGAGAGCUCAGAGUUCUUUGAGUGAAACACAUCUCAGUGAGAGACGUGACCGUGGGAAACACUGUCCUCAGACUCCGGUGAAAACCAAGCCACAGCCGUUGGCUCUGGGUGUUGACAUUCUGAGUUUCAUUUCCCAUCAAGAUAACGAUACACUGCAUGAAAGAGACAAAGUCCACAGCAGCAGUGACUGUGACGAAGUCAUCUGUCCCAUGUCACACCUCACCCAGGAUUGUGAUUACACAGAACGGAAGGCCUACCAGUGCAGCCAGGGCCAAGAAGCCUUCAAUGACAGCCCUAGUCUGGAACUCCAUCAACAGACCCCCUUAGGAAAGAAAUCUUCUGUCCUUAGUACUCACAAGGACAGCAGGCGUAGCUCCAGUGUCCCCAUUCAACAAAGCAUUCAUCCAGGGGAAAAACGCUACUGGUGUCAAGAGUGUGGCAAAGGUUUCAGUCACAGCUCAACUCUACAGACUCACCAGAGAGUGCACACGGGAGAGAAGCCCUACUGCUGCGACAGCUGCGGGAAGGCCUUCAGCCGCAGCUCGGAUCUCAACAUCCACCGCCGCGUGCACACCGGGGAGAGACCUUACAAGUGUGAGGUGUGUGGGAAGGGCUUCACGCAGUGGGCACACCUCCAGGCCCACGAGAGAAUUCACACAGGAGAGAAGCCAUACAAGUGUGGAGACUGUGGCAAACGCUUCAGCUGUAGCUCGAACCUUCACACCCACCAGAGAGUCCACACUGAGGAGAAACCGUACAAGUGUGACGAGUGUGGGAAGCGCUUCAGCUUAAGUGGCAACCUAGACAUCCAUCAGCGGGUCCACACGGGAGAGAAACCGUAUAAAUGUGAAGAGUGCGGGAAGGGUUUCAGUUCAGCCUCAAGCUUCCGAGGCCACCAGAGGGUCCAUACAGGAGAGAAGCCGUUUCACUGCAGUGUGUGUGGGAAGACCUUCAGUCGGAGCUCACAUUUUCUAGAUCACCAAAGAAUUCACACUGGGGAGAAACCAUACAGGUGUGAUGUGUGUGGGAAGCGCUUCCCCUGGAGCUUGAGCCUACACAGUCACCAGAGAGUCCACACAGGAGAGAAACCGUAUAAAUGUGAGGAGUGUGGGAAAGGCUUCAGUCAUGCCUCGAGUCUGCAGGCUCAUCAGAGUGUCCACACCGGCGAGAAGCCGUUCAAAUGCAAUGUUUGCCAGAAGCAGUUCAGCAAGGCCUCCAACCUCCAGGCCCACCAGAGAGUGCACACAGGGGAGAAGCCCUACAAAUGCGACACGUGUGGGAAGGCCUUCAGCCAGAGGUCCAGUCUCCAAGUUCAUCAGAGAAUUCACACUGGGGAGAAGCCGUUCAAGUGUGAGGAGUGUGGGAAGGGAUUCAGCUGGAGUGCGGGGCUUACUGCUCACCAGAGGGUCCACACGGGAGAGAAACCCUACACGUGUCAGCAGUGUGGGAAGGGCUUCAGUCAGGCCUCCUAUUUCCACACGCACCAGAGGGUCCACACGGGAGAGAAACCCUACAUGUGUCAGCAGUGUGGGAAGCGCUUCAGUCAGGCCUCACAUUUCCACACGCACCAGAGGGUCCACACCGGACAGAGACCCUAAAGCUGCAGCAUCUGCUGUAAGAGCUUCAGUCACAUCUUGUCUUCCACCAUAGGGUCCACAGUGCAGGGAAUCUUUAGUUUCUGCCGUCAGGUGGACUCUAUGCUGCUGAUGGUUAAAAGCCCCCACACAGACUUCAGGAGACUCCAUAGGGGCUUCAUUUGGGCUAUUUUGCCCCCAACUUAUUAUCCUACUGUACUCAUUAUGCAAAGGGAAGAUAGUGUUUUAGAAAGGAUCUUCUUAGCGUACGAAUAAAGAAAAGAAUCAAAAAACGUAUAUAGAAAAGCGUUCUGAUUUGAUUAUAAAAGGAGGAAUUGUCAAUUGUGAGGAAGGGACCCAACAGGAAUUGUAGCGCAUCGCACUAAUGCUGAGGUCAUAUCAUUAUGGGUAAUCAAAAGAUUGGCAAGGAGCUUGUAGCAAUGCUUUGGGAGAAAUUAGCAACAAGUAUCCUAAGAGCAAGUGAUUUCAGUUUAUACAAAGUAACUGGAUUCGCCCCCAGGUUAGGGAAAGAACACCAAUUCCUGAAGUCCUCACAUUUUAUACCAGUGCAGAUGAGCUGGGAUGGCUGGUUAUAAGUCAGAAAAAGAUAAUCACAGUCACUCAAAGCCCAUGUGCUUCGGUUCAAAGUUCAGAGCUCUGUGACAUCCUGUGGUACUUUUAGAUUUUCUUGUAUAUAGAAAAUGCUCAGCUUACUCAGUAUGACCAAAAUUAACUGUCUAUUCAACUACAAAAUGUAAUCAUGGAGAAACCAUCCAUUGUAUAUCGCACAUGUCAGAUUCUGUUCAGGCCCUCUAGCGCAAGGCAAUAGUGAAAUUGUUCACCUAAUGGUAGGAACUGUGCUGGAAGCUUCCAAUUUUCGUAAGAAACACCGUAUUAAGAGUAAAGGUCUAGGGUUGGGGAUUUAGCUCAGUGGUAGAGCGCUUGCCUAGCAAGCGCAAGGGCCUGGGUUUGGUCCCCAGCUCCGAAAAAAAGAAAAAAGAAAAUUAAAAAAAAAAAAGAGUAAAGGUCUAAAGGGGGAUUUUUCUAUCACUUGGCAAAAGCCAAGGAAAUUAUGAGAAAAUGUCCUAUUUGUACUUUAUAUAACCAAACUCUGUUACCUGCAGGGAGUAACCCAGAAGGUACCAAAAGAAAUUAAAUUUGGCAAAUGUAUGUGUCUUGCAGAAUUUGAAAAAUUAAAAUAUGCAUAAUAUACCAUA